AUGGCGUACUCCACGGUGCAGAGGGUGGCCCUGGCCUCGGGACUCGUCCUGGCUGUGUCGCUGCUGCUGCCCAAGGCCUUCCUGUCCCGUGGAAAGCGGCAGGAGCCGCCGCCGGCGCCCGAAGGGAAAUUGGGUCGAUUUCCACCUGUGAUGCAUCAGCAGCAGGCACCCUCAGAUGGCCAGACCCCUGGGGCUCGUUUCCAGAGGUCUCACCUCGCAGAAGCCUUUGCAAAGGCCAAGGGAUCAGGCGGAGGUGCUGGAGGAGGAAGUGGUGGAAGAGGCCUGAUGGGGCAAAUUAUUCCCAUCUAUGGUUUUGGAAUUUUUUUAUAUAUACUGUACAUUCUGUUUAAGCUCUCAAGGGGGAAAAGUACUCCAGAGGAUCGGAAGUACCCUACUGCCACCCCUGGAAAUACCCACAGGAAAAUUACCAAUUUUGAGCUUGUUCAACUGCAAGAAAAACUGAAGGAAACAGAGGAAGCCAUGGAAAAAUUAAUCAACAGAGUGGGGCCUAAUGGUGAGAGCAGAGCACAGACUGUGACUUCUGACCAAGAAAAACGAUUGCUGCAUCAGCUCCGAGAAAUCACCAGGGUCAUGAAAGAAGGGAAAUUCAUUGAUAGAUCCACUCCAGAGAAAGAAGCUGAGGAGGCCCCUUAUAUGGAGGACUGGGAAGGUUAUCCCGAAGAGACUUAUCCAAUUUAUGACCUUUCAGAUUGCAUCAAGCAUAGGCAAGAAACCAUCCUGGUGGAUUACCCUGACUCAAAAGAGCCCUCUGCUGAAGAAAUGGCUGAAAGAAUGGGAGUGCUAGAAGAGGAAGUAUCAGACCGUGUGGGUUGGGCAAUGCCUACUGAGCCUAGAGCUCAGGAAGAUAAUUCUGUUACCUCAUGUGACCUAGAGCCAGAACCAUGUUCCUGCUGGUCUCCUGAAGAAGAGGAUCCCGCCGUCUUGGCAGAGAAUGCUGGAUUUGGUGCAAACAGCUACAGUGAGCAGGAGGAAACCACCAGUGAAGUGUGGCCCUAUGACUUGAGAGAUGCAGUGUCAGGCAUCAGUGCAGAUAAAGCAGAUCCAGUUGGCAUGCUGAGGAAGCGGCAUCCCCAGGGUUUAGAGUGA